CUCUCCUUCACUGAUCCUGUUUGAGGAUGGAGGCUUCAGUCAAAGCAGCUGAGGUCCUGGUGCCCCCCCAGGCUGAGGUGGCGGCCCCCUCCCUGGACUCUGAUGACGUAGUUCAUGCGGCGGCAGCUUCGUCUGUGACCUUUGACCCCAUGGACGAGUUCAGGCGGCGUCUGGAUGACAUCAUCAGCGGAUACGGCUCUGCUGCCAACGGGCUCCUGGAGAAACAGAGGCUGGUGGAAGCAGAGAUGGAAAAGAAGAUGGAGGAGGAGACACGAGAAGACACAGCUGUUACCAUGGAGACGGAGAUCUCGUGCAUCAUGCAAAGCCUGCACAGACUGUCUACUCCAGAGGAGAAACUGAAACAUCUGGUCCAGAAACACGCUGAGAUGGUUGCGUUGAGGCGUCAGGAUGAGAAGAAGCUGAGUUCUCUGCAGCAGAACUUCAACCUCCUUCUGGACGAGAGGAAGCAUCUUCAAGUGGAGCAAUGUCACAGCGUCGCAGCUCGAAGUCAGCUGGAGGUUCUGUGUCGAGAUCUGCAGUCGCACUACAACGUCCUGAAGGCGGAGGCUGUCCAGCGUUGCCGGGACGACGAGGAAAAGAGGAACGAGAUCACGGACCACUUUCAGAACAUGUUGAAGGAGAUCCAGGACCAGAUCGAGCAGCACGACUCCAGAAACCAGAAGCUCUGCCACGAAAACACCAGCUUGACCAACAAACUGGAGAGUCUGAUGAGCCAGUGUGAGCUGAGGGAGGAGAGUUUAGAGAAGAUCAACAGACACCGUGACCUUCAGCUGAAACUGAGCGAGGCCAAACUUCAACAGGCCAACGCCCUGUUGGCUGAAGCUGAGGAGAAACACAAGAGGGAGAAGGAAUAUUUGUUAAUGGAGGCUAUUGACAAAACAAAGAAAUGCUUCGCUCUGAAGGAGGAGGAGCUGUCCAUGAAGAAGAAGUUGACUCUUUACUCUCAGAAGUUUGAUGAGUUCCAGGAAACUUUGGCCAAAAGCAACGAAAUCUACGUGCGUUUCAAGAAGGAGAUGGACAACAUGUCUGAGAAGAUGAAGAAAAUGGACAAAGAGUCCAAUCUGUGGAAGACAAGGUUCGAGAACUGUAACAAGGCGCUGACGGACAUGAUCGAAGAGCGAAAUGAGCGAAGCCAAGAGUACGACCUGUUCGUCCUGAAGAUCCAGCGGCUGGAAAAGCUGUGUCGAGCUCUUCAGGACGAGAGGAAAGUCCUUUACGACAAGAUCAAAGACGUCCGCCGAAGUGGCACCAACAUCCCGUCCAAGCUGGAAGGUCCGUCCGAUCCAGACGGCGUCCCCGACAAACCCUACGGCCUGACCGAGGACGAGGUCCAGGAACUGGAGCAGCUGCAGAAGGACGACCCGGUCCUCACCCGGGACAUGGCUCGACUGAAGGAGGAACAGGCCAAGCUGCAGGAGUUCGCCGCCACGCUGCUGGACGGUCCUGCCGAAGACGAAGAGGACGAUGACCAGGAACGUUUAGACUUGGAAGAAGAUGUGGUGGCCUCUGCUUUUGCCAAGUUUACCAGCAAAGCUCAGAACAAAGAGGUUUCUGAGCAGGAGGACCUGAAACCAGAGAUCCAGCAGGAAGUGAAAGCUGUGAAGACGGUGUCCUUCUCAGAAACACUGACCACCAUUGAAAUCCCACCAGUGGAAGAAGCAAAAGCAGAAGCAGAGAAGGUGGAGACGCAGGCGGACGUCAGAGAAGACAAACCGGUUGAAACAGAAAAACCAAAACCUGAGGUGGAAAAAGCUGAAACACAGAUCCAAACCAAAGACCAACCAGAAGCAGAGCUGAAGAGCCAGAAGAAUCCUGUGAUCACAGCAGAACCUGAGAACAUCAGCCCUGAAUGUCCAACAGCUCCAAAACCAGAGACUGCCGAGGCCAAACCAGUGGUCCCAGUUAAAGAUGAGAAGACAGAACCAGUACAGAAACCAGAAGAAGCAGCUCCAGAGUCUGAGAACACAGCAAAAAGCACCGACACCUCCAAGAAGCAAACACCAAAGAAGAAGAAGAAGAGGACGGGUAGAGUCUGAGAACACACCCUAAACCACCGACUCCUCCAAGAAGGAAACACCAAAGAAGAAGAAGAAGCAUCUGAACGCCACCUGAACCUGUCGACAUGAGCGAGUGUGUCCUUUGUAAAGUUGAACCUCUUUAGUUUGUCCACCAGGUGGAGCUGAAACAUCGUCUCUGUCCUUUUGUCCAGUGUCACCAAAUGAGAACGGACGAAUGAAACGACUGUUUUGUAGUUUGACGAGUUUAUUGGUCUGAAACACGACGAAACAUCAAACCAAUGUGUGUGAAUAAAGAGUUUCUGACAGUUGUUUUGUUUGACUUUGGUUCAUUUGUCCUGGUCUUUGUCUUCUUCUAUAGAAUAUUGAGCAU